AUGCACCCUCGCACACUCAAGGCAACCUUCGCGACGCUCUCGACCGCCGCCGCAUGGAGCAGGCCCGACGAGGGCGAGCCUCACCAGCGCACAUGGAUGGCAUUCGCCUGGAAUGCUACCUUGUGGGAAGACCUCCUUCCCGUUGUGCAGCAGAACCUUGCCAAUGUCGCUGCGGCCAUUUCCCAAUUCGAGCCAGUAAGCAUGCUCGUACGACCGCAGGAUAAGUCAAAACUCCAAGGGCUCAUCAAGGGUGCCUCGAACGUAACUCUGGUCGAGGGCGAGUUGGAUGACAUGUGGAUGCGGGACACUGGGCCGAUAUUCGUCCGCAAUGACAGCGGUGUCGCCGCCGUCAACUUUAACUUUAACGGAUGGGGCAACAAGCAGUGGCACGCCGCCGACUCAAAGGUCGCGGCAGAAGUUGCGUCCAGCGCCGGCGUCGAACUCCUCAGUACCGAACUCAUACUCGAGGGCGGCGCUCUCGAGGUCGAUGGUGUUGGUACCGCGAUCAUCACGGAGAGCUGCUUGCUCAACAACAACCGUAACCCCGGGUGGAGCAAGGCGCAGGUGGAGGCCGAGCUCGAGCGCCUCCUCGGCAUCACCAAGGUCAUCUGGCUCCCUGGAAUUGCGGGUAAGGAUAUUACUGAUGGCCACACCGACUUCUACGCCCGCUUCGUCGGGGAGGGGCAUGUCGUCGCUGGCUUCGAACCCGAUACCACGAGUUUCGAUCAUAACGUUACCACCACUCACCUCGACAUCCUCCGCUCCGCCACGGAUGCAAAGGGCCACCCUCUCAACGUGACGGUCCUCAACGCCCCCACAACCGUACGGAGGGAGUAUCGUAACGACGAGGAUUUCGCGGCCGGCUACAUCAACUUUUACCUGUGCCGGGGAGGCGUCAUCGCUCCUCAGUUUGGAGACAGCAAGGCGGAUGCUGCUGCACUCCAGACGCUCCAGGACGCGUUCCCGGACCGCCAGGUCGUGCAGCUCAACAUUGACGGUAUUGCAGCCGGUGGAGGCGGCAUCCACUGUGCCACGCAGCAGGAGAUCGCACGCGAUCCGGCUAACCCUCCAGCCGUACCGUCGGCCCAGCCCUCAGCGUUCAAGGAGAGCUCAGGCGUUCGUCGACACGCGCGCAAGUGGCUCGGCGCUGUUGUUGCAGGUGUCGUUGGCGCGUCAGCUGUGUAG